UUGGUUAAAAAGGGUAAUCUGCAAAAGGCACUUCAGCUUGCUAAAACUCUGAUCCUUUGACUGCUCAGAAGCUGCAUGAAUGAGAAUCUUCAUAGACACCCAUCACAACUCGCAAUGAAUAUGGAUGCCAUAAAGGAAGAGGACAUCUAUGACUUUCUACCAGAGCAUGUGUCUGCUGACACGAAAGAUUGUGGUACUAUGACAGCAAUUUGCAAAGAAGAACACAGUGAAGACAUGACCCCAAUAGAUGAAAACCAGGCAACUCAUAACAAUACGGACCAACACCACUGUCCCACAUGUGGAAAAGGAUUUGCGUGGAAAAGCAAUCUGUUCAAGCAUCAGAGAACCCACACUGGAGAAAAGCUUUACCAAUGUACUACAUGUGGACAAGACUUUUCACAAAAAACUAAUCUCAUCAGGCAUCAGAGAAUCCACACUGAAGAAAGGCCUUACCAAUGUACUACAUGUGGAAAAGACUUUUCACAAAAAAGUAAUCUCAUCACCCAUCAGAGAAUGCAUACUGGUGAAAGGCCUUACCAGUGUACUACAUAUGGAACAGGCUUUACAAAAAAAUGUGUUCUGAUCACCCACCAGAGAACCCAUACUGGAGAAAGGCCUUACCAGUGUACUACAUGUGGAAAAGGCUUUACGAAGAAAUGUACCCUGAUCAUCCACCAGAGAACCCAUACUGGUGAAAGGCCUUACCUGUGUACUACAUGUGGGAAUGGCUUUAGACAGAAAGGAGAUCUCAUCACCCAUCAAAUAACCCAUACCGGAGAAAGCCCUUACCAGUGUGUUACAUGUGGAAAAUAUUUUACACAGAAAAGUAAUCUCAUCAGGCAUCAGAGAAUCCAUACUGGUGAAAGGCCUUACCAAUGUACCACAUGUGGAAAAGGCUUUACACAGAAAAAUGAUCUCAACAAGCAUCAGAAAAUCCACAUUGACUACAAGUAACACUGGUUCACAAGGCCUGCAUUACUCUGAAGACGAAUGACAGAACAUCUGAAUUUUGUAUUUGGGCCUCAGAUAUUCAACAAAAAAUGUGCUUGAUUUCAAUUUAUUUGUAGUGAGGUUCAUGAUUUAGCUCAUACUAAACGAAAAACACAUCUCACAUUAUUACCUCUACAGUAGGUUAUCCCUUUUUACCAUAUUUUAUAACUCAAUAUUUCCAGAGGGCUCCCUAGAUAGAAUUAUAAUAUAGAACCGAAAGAACCGUAAUGCAUAUUUAGUUGAUUUUGUCACUCCUAUAGUGAUCAUUUAGUUAAUGAACUCAAUUACUACUGUUGCUACUAGUACUAAUACUUUCGUUUUAUAUUGCACCUUUCAAAAACACCCACAGGCAUGAUAUCAGUUGUAGGUGUGUGUGGGUUAGUAAUGAUAUCAGUGUAGGUGUGUGUGGGUAAGCAGGUGCGUGCUUGUGAUCAUGUGGAGAAUACUGCCAAUGGGAGCAGACAUGACCAAGGGGUCAAAUUGAAGUGCCUAAAACAUUCCACUACCAUAAUAAGUUUGAUAACCAGCGUAUCCACAAACAUACACAAUAUAAACUUUACACCCAUGUUUUCUAGUGCUGUUCCUAUGUAAUGUUAUGGUUUUUAUUCGUGUGCAUUGUGCCAUCAGCUUAUUUUAAUACAUCUUGAAAAUCCUUCAGAAAUGUAUGACUUGCUUUGAGUUUAAAUAAAGUGUUUUUUCAUGG